CAAUCUGAAGUUGCUGUCUUGAUGCGCAAUUGCUAACUUCAAAUUCAACAUUGCGCGCUGCUUGUUUGUUUUUGCAGCUUCGCCAGCGCAUGGCAGCUCCCGUGGAAAAGAGCUUCGUGUGGCGACUGCAGAGCGACGCGGGUGCGGCAGAGCUCAAUGGGUUUACAUUCGUGCGCAAGAUCGAGGAGCCGAACCGGUUGGUUCUCGUCGAGGUCAGUCGCCUGCUACUGGCUACGGGUGGCGUUCAAUUUCGCCUUCAACGCUGGACUAUUAUCACCCGUUUAGACGGUGAACCACGGCCAAGCUCAGUUGUCCGCACAAUGCUUCAGCUCCAUGCUGAAUACACGAACGACUUCACCGGGACGAAAGAUGAGCUCCAAGAAGCAGAAGACGUGGUGAUGGGGACUUUGAGCCAGCGACUGCGGGCGUGUCUUCAGCGACUGCAAGGAGAAUUCGUACUGGAAGCCGAACGGAUCCACAUGCCCUCCGCUGACGCAGCUUUUCGAUAA